AUUUUUCAUAUGGAAAUAUUUAGCUGUUUACAAUUAAUUAAUUAUUUCUUUUAAUUAAUCUUCUAUGAAUAGUGUUCUGAAUAUAAUCUUUCUUUAUGUAAUAUCACAGAAUGUUUCAGUGUGUGUUUCAGCACAAUAAAAUGAAUGUGUUUUCCCAAUAAUUUUUCGGAACCAGUUACACCUAAUCGAUUUUUAUGACCUUGAAGUAUGUCGUCAAGAUCAUAAUUCUUAAAAACCUUUCCCUAUACAUACUACCACCGCUCGGACUUAGUUUCCAAAAUAUUCACAAAGAAUUUCAACAGAAUUUAGAUUACACUUUCUAUUCUGAAGUAAACGGCCUGAUUUUUAUAUGGACCAACCCAAACUUAACUCAUCGAUGUUAAUUAUCUUUAAUAUAAAUGAAAAAAAAAAAAUAAAUCCUUGAGUUAUAAUAGGUUGAGCUAGAUCAACAUUUGGCUGCUUCGAGAAGGUCGGUAACGCAAGACUUAAUUAUUAUUUCAUUCGAUUUUGAGGUAAAGUACCAUUUAUUAUUAUUAAUAUACAUUACCGUAAAUACUUCUGUACAUGACUCACAGACUAAGAGCGUACGGGCAACUACGUUGUACAAGAGGGGCAUGUAUAUAUUUUGUAUACAUUAUUUUGAUCGAACGAAGGUCAAAAUAGAGUGCAGCUAUAUAUUAAUAGAUCCAGGUAUUUAUAUCCAUAUAUUAAUAGAUUCAUUGAAAAUCAUUUCACGCUGGCAUUGCCGACCGCCUGGUCGGAUACUAAUUUAGCCUAACUCAUAACGCAUUAAUUUCUCUUUUUUAUUAAUGCAAUAUUAAAAAUAGUUAUCUCUUGCAUCAAUGAGUGAAGUUUACGUUGGCCGCUAUAAAAAUGCGGCUACUUACUCCAAAAUAGAGUAUAAUCUAAAUUCUAUUGAAGCUUUUUGCGAAUAUUUAGGAAACUAAGGUCGAAUGGCAGUAGCCACAGAAUGACAACCAUCACAGCAUACUUCAAGGUCAUAGAAAUCGACGAGAUGUAUUUCUUGAGGACGUUGAUACUAAUCAUCGCAGUCUUCACGUUAUCAUUCGCGUUUAAGUUAAAUGGAAAAUAUAUAGGAGUUUAUGAUAUGAAGGACGUGUUAAGCCACAGGAGACAACAAUCACCUAAAGAUCCUGCAAUUAAUUCUUUCCCAACCGAACCAGUCCCUCCACUGAUUCCAAUUUGCGUGAAAGAAGGAUAUUUCAGAGAUCCUUUCAAUUGCAAGAAAGUUUAUUAUUGUACACAUCCGAAAGCAGUUCCAAAGGCUUUCUAUUGUGAAGAUGACUUAGUAUUUAACAUCUAUACUAAUUGGUGUGAUUAUCCACAAAAUGUGAUUUGCUGAUCGAAUAUCUAGGUAUAACGUUCGAGAUGUUUCUAUUGAUUCUAGUAUAUUGUUUCGAGAAUUGUAAAUGAUCUGUUACCUUCGUGUUAGUAUUGACAUCUAUUUAUAAUGUUGUUUAUGGUAAAUUAUCGUUGCGUCCAUUGAAAAAGUUAUGUAAUAACUGAAAUAUCAUAAAAUGCAUUCUUAUAGGAUAUAUUAUGUAUAUAUAAAAUGUUACUUGAUUUGCUUGUCUUAUACGAACGUAAGUUUGAAAUUAUAGAAGGAGAUGUAAAUAAAAUAGAAAAAAAUUCAACAAUCACGUAAUUAUAAAAAGGGUUUAAAAUAAAAAGAGACUUAAAACGU